AUGGCCUCUCCCGAACACGACCUUGCCUUCACAGGCGAUCUGGGGGAGCCGCCUCGAAAGCUCCCCGCUGACCUUCCCACCUCCCUUGAUGACAGGCGGACAGUGCGCAUCAUGAACGAUGAAACCGAAAUCUACGAUGCAUGGCAGGGUCAGUCACAGUUCCUUACCACUCCGAUGCCCGCACAGCCCUUGAGCUUCAAUCUCUCACUGGACGAUCCGACUUUUGGCGACGAAGAUAUGCAGCAUCUGGAAGACAGCGAUAGCCGAUUGGUACAGAUGCUUGCACACCAGGCCCGUUUGAAGAACGACAACGCUGGAGAUGAGGCAAAGGUGGUGGCCGACGAUAAGCUGUCGGAUGAAGAGAAAAAAGAGGCUUUACAGGGACUGUUCACUCUUGCAGCGUCCAACGGCGAGCUCGAACGCGUCAAACGGCUACUCGAGGGCAAGGCAAAGGACUACAUCAACAUCAACGGGGUCGAUGCCGAAGGAACGCCACCGCUGGUGUACGCGAGCUGCUUUGGACAUGAAGAUGUAGCCGCCACACUUAUAGAGCAAGGGGCAAUAGUCGACAUGCAGGAUAGGAAUCGUUGGACCCCGUUGAUGUGGGCUAUGACCAACAGACACAAGGGCAUCGUUAAGCUCCUCCUCGAUCAUGGAGCCUCUACGGAUGUGAAGUCCUCUGGUGGCCGUACCGCAUUCGAUUUCGUCGAGCCCAACAGUGAGCUUUCCGACUAUCUUCACGAGAGCGGUUACGCCAUUGGCAAUGCUGGCGUUAGCGAUGACUUCUACAGUUCUGGCUUCUCCCAGGAUCGCUUCGAGCAGGAGAUGCAAGAGAAUGACAUGAAACGACGGAUGAUGAUGGAGAGCGCGUUUAACUUGGAAGUGGAUAUUGGGAACCUUGGUCUUGAUGAGCAGUCAGAAUCACCCGAGGAGCCAGAAGAAGAAGCACAGGAAUUCGUAUGGGACCGAUGUCUCAAUGACCAGAUGUUUGUCUUCCAAGAAAGCGAACUUGAGCGCAUUCUCGACAUUGUUAUCACCAACAUGACGCCGCAACGAUCUCCCUCGCAAAAGCCAGUUCCCGCAAACAUCCUCUUUCUUAGUGCCCGCUAUGCACAUUACCACGCCCACCCAGAAUUAUUGGAAACCUUGCUGGUUUCUGCAAUGAACAAGAUUAACGACGUUGUUGAGAAGCACCAAUGGGACAUGACUGUUUUGGCCUUCUGGAUGUCCAAUGCCACACUCCUAUUGCAUUACCUCAAGAAAGACGGUGGCCUGAUGGGAGCUACAAGUGAAUUCCAGCAACAAAUGGCAGAGCUCAUCAACGAGAUAUUCAUACUGAUCAUUCGAGACGCAGAACGUAGAAUGGAUAAGAAUCUGGAUCAGGCUAUGCUUGACCAUGAACCCAUGCCCGGAUUUGAGGAUGUACAUUUUCAACAUGAAUGGAAGAUAUUCCGCUCCAAACCAAAAGCGAAACCAUUGGAGCCCAUGGAAAAAAGGUUCCGCCCUCCAUCACCCAAGCGCCGAGCACAGCCCUCACCUCGAAACAUUACCUCUCUGCUUUCUUCAACCCUGUUUGUUCUCGAUCUCUACGAUGUGCAUUCCGUCAUUACUGCACAGGUUCUGUCGCAACUGAUCUACUGGCUUUCUGCUGAAGUUUUCAACCGGAUUAUGUCAAAUCGCAAGUAUCUGGCUCGAACGAAAGCCAUGCAGAUACGCAUGAAUGUAUCUACGUUGGAGGACUGGGCACGGUCCAAUAAUCGACAGCCAGAACACUACGAAAAUGGAUCCAUGACAUCCACCGGUGAAAAUACCAUUGAUUCUACCAAGCGACAUCUCGAACCCUUGGUACAACUUCUACAAUGGCUUCAGUGCUUCUCUUCGCUUGGCGAGGAUCUAGAAUCUCUUGUAGGAACGUUACAACAGUUGACCCGACUAUCCCCCCAACAACUUCUACAUACAGCCAAGUACUAUCGGCCGGAAGUAGGGGAGAAAAGUCUGUCGAAAAGCGCUUCCAAGUACAUCGUGCAUCUCCAGAAGGCCGCCGCAGAGCGUAAAGCGACACGCGCAAGGUCACCUCAUCGUUCUCAGAGAUCAACAGACUCUGUACCAACAACACCGGUCAGGCCCACGACUGCGCAAACGGUGAUCUCCCCAUCGCCUGCGCCGUCGCGUAUAUCCGAAGAAGAGGAGAAGGAUGAUGCCCCUGAUGAGCUCCUUCUGGACCCCUCAUACAUGUUGCCGUUCUCGCUACCGACGUCAACAGACAUGAUUAUCAGCUACGGCGCAGGAUUUGGAGGGGUUAACAGAGAGAGAGCGCGCAAAUACAUUCCGACCGUACCUCCUGAAUUUCUAGCGAAGCUAGACCUGAGCGGUGGACUCCACAGGAACGGUGUAGGAUAUGAUCAAGAUUCUUGGAAUGAUCAGACCUAUGGGUGA